CCGGCAUUUACAUUAAACUGUCUUCGAGCAACAAAACCGCAGCAUACACGCCCACACACAGUCCACAGUCAAGCAGGUGUGCAGCAAAACUUUUGGAGCACCACUUUUUCGGCAAAGGAUUAAUUCUACAGAAGCAUACAAACAAAAACAAACAAAAUGUGUCGCGUGAGUGAAAGCAACAAACUUUCCGCAUUAAUCGUCUUCUGCAGUCUGGCUUUGGCUUGCACACAAGCGGCUGUCAGCAACAACUCAGCGCGUCCAAACAAUCAAUACUCAUCAAGCUACCAACAAAAUGAUGCAGCCGCUGCGACUUAUUUCACAAAUAAUCAAAAUCAAUAUGCGCAGAGCAGUCGCCUGAGCGGUGGCAAUCAGCAGAAUUACCAACCACCGCAACAACAGCAGCAACAGCAGGAUGUUGUUAAGGAAAAAGACGUUUUGGAGCGCUUCCAUCAUCGCUUCCCGGAUGGCAGUUAUGAGUUCAGAUACGAAUUGACCGAUGGCACUGCGCGCUAUGAACGCGGCUACUUCCUUAUCUACGACAAAAUAAAGACGCUAGUUGUGGUCGGCUAUUACUCUUAUCGUCAAACUGACGGCCGUUACAUUACUGUUUUCUACAAUGCCGAUCAAAAUGGCUACAGGCAGAAUCAAUCCAUCACUCCACAAGUCUACCCGAAUUUGCCGCGUUCAAUCGAAGUGCCACAACUCCACGAAAAUGUCGAUUAUAACACAGACAGGCCGAACAAAGGACGCCAGUAAUUUUUAAGUUUCGCAGUACUUAACUUAAAAUUCAAAAAUCCACAA